AUGACGGGCAUCAGUCAUGUCGAGGCCGUCUCCGACGAACCACUGCCCGCAAAACUUGAAGACCAUCAAGUCUCGGACAUAACACCCAAGGAACAAUGGCGCAAGCUUUGCGGAGCUAUCUGGGCUGAAAAACGAUUCUGCUUGUGGACUCUCUACACAAUGCUUCUUGUGUUCAGCUGGGGCUACGAUGCUGGUCUAUCUGGCUUGGCCAUUGCAUUCCCCGAGUUCCGAAAGGCCUAUGGCAACUACUAUGCCAUUGGUGACGAAUAUGUGAUUCCUGCUUUGUGGCAGUCGCUGUGGAAUGCCGCUUCGACAAUCGGUCAGGUCCUUGGAGGCUUUGCGGCUGGACAAUUCGCCGACUUCUGGGGACGAAAAGUCCUGCUUUACGCAGCUGUAUUUAUCUCCUUGGGGUCAUCAUUUGCACUGGUCUUCGCCCCCAACCUGCCUGUCCUCUUCGUCUCAAAACUUCUCCUCGGCCUCUCAGUUGGUCUCGCGACAGUGCUUCCCCCCUUGUACGUCACAGAGAACGCACCGACACACCUUCGCAGCACAGCGUCGUCCCUUACGAAUGUCGUCAUCGUCUUCGGUCAGUUCUGCGCGUCUAUCACUGGAUAUGGCGCGUCGGGAAUUCAGGGCGUCUGGUCUUUCAAACUCGCCUUUGUCAUGACCUUCGUGAUACCUAGCAUUUACCUUUGCGGUCUUCCUUUCCUUCCCGAAAGUCCGGUCUGGUAUAUGAAGAAGGGCCGUGAAGAUGAUGCUCGCAAGGCUAUUGCCAGGCUCUAUGGCCCUGGUGCUAAUAGCGAUGCCUGCAUUGAGACCAUCAAGGCCGAACUCAAACAAACAGAGAACGAGGAGUGCGCUGCCAGCCAGACAAGCUGGAAGAGCAUAUUUACUAAGGAGCAUCGCUCGCGCACUCUCGCUGCUGUACUGGCUCUUCAAUCCCAGAACUUUUCGGGUGGCUACUUCGCCAAUACCUAUCAGACCUAUUAUUUCCAGUUGAUUGGUCAGGCUGACUCGUUCCAAUUGACUGCGAUCUCUUCGUCGCUGCAACUGUUGUCCAACUUUGUCGCUGUCUGCCUUUCCGACGUCAUUCCACGCAGAAAGGGCCUCAUCGGCGGAGGUACCAUGCUCAUGUUCUGGUCUGUUAUCAUUGCCGGUGUGUCCAUGGCACCAACCACCAACACUUCGGCCAAUAUCGCUCUCCUUGCUUUCAUGAUCACCUGGUCGAUGCUGUAUACGGCAACCGUCGGCUGUUACGGAUGGGCUGUGGCCCAGGAAACGGCAGCACAGGCUACACGUCCCAAAACCAUCUCGUUUGUCUUGAUCUGCCAGCAGCUAACUGCAAUUUUGCUGUCAUCCGUCUUCCCGUACUUCAUCAACCCGGACGAGCUUAACUGGGGUGGCAAAGUUAUGUUCCUGUUUGUAGGAACCGAGAUAUUCAUCAUGGCUGGUCUUUACCUUUCCCAGCCGGAGACAAAGAACAGGUCGAAUGUGGAUAUUGAUGCAUUGUACGCCAACAAAGUAUCCCCACGGAAGUUCAAAGACUUUUCUGUUGUGGAGGGCCAAAUUGUUGAGAAGACGAAGAGCACUGGCUCAUUGGAACCGACUUGCUGA